UUUAAUGCUGCAUUUUUUAUUUUAGAUGAACUUCAUGAGGAGCGACCUCAAGAAUUAAUAUCCAUUGGUCCAGACAUGUCAUUAUUUUUAGCUAUUCAAACACUUAUUAAUAAUAAAAUACAUCGGCUUCCAGUAAUUGACCCUCUUACUGGAGAUGUUCUAUAUAUUAUUACUCAUAAACGCAUAUUGCGUUUUUUAUUUCUUUAUAUAAACGAUUUGCCAAAACCUUCUUACAUGUCAAAAAGUUUAGAAGAACUUAAAAUAGGCACUUAUGAAAAUAUAGAAACUGUAUCAGAAGAUACUUCAAUAAUAUUAGCUUUAAAAAAAUUUGUGGAACGUAGAGUAUCUGCAUUACCAAUGGUUGAUAAAGAAGGUCGUCUUGUUGAUAUAUUUGCUAAAUUUGACGUAAUUAAUUUAGCUGCUGAACGUACAUAUAAUAAUUUAGAUGUUAGUCUUAAACAAGCUAAUGAACACCGAAGUGAUUGGUUUGAAGGUGUUCAAAAGUGUCUGUUAACUGACACACUAUAUUGUGUUAUUGAAAAAAUUGUCAGAGCAGAAGUACAUAGGUUAGUAAUAGUGGACACAGAAGAUAAAGUUAUUGGUAUACUAUCAUUGUCCGAUAUCCUACAUUACCUGGUGCUUCGACCUUCGGGUAUGUGACUAUUAAAAAACUCAUUAAUGAUGAA